AAACGCAUACUUGAGCUAUACUCCAUCCCAGUAGACGGCGGUAAUGCACUUAAACGUUAUUUGCCAUCUGUCAUUAUAAUCUCAAUGAAAAAGAAGUUGAUCCGCAAAUAAAGUUUUUUGAAAAAGACGUGACAAACAGUAAUGGCUACUCCCUUGUAACAUGUGCUGUUGUCGUCAAACGCGAUAACGUUUUAAUAUCCCAGGGGGGGAAAACAACGCAGUCAGGAGGCGACAGUUGUUAAUUCGUGGUGGUUUAAUCUUCUAUGUUUUACGAAAAAGCAGACUGAGCCACUUUUGUGUGAGUAGACACGUUGCUGCUUGGCUUGCUACGUUGCUUGAUUUCGAGCCUCGUUGUCUGUCUUGUUUCUGGUGCCUAUCAUUUUAAGAAAAUGAACACAUCGAAGACGAAAAAGAAGCGAAUGAGCUUCGCUCCUUGCAAACGAAACAAGCGGAGCAUUCAAGUAAAGGGCCAAUGGAAAGCGGUCGUCUUGGAUCCCGAACUCUUCUCCGAGGAGGGUCUGGUUUGUUUUGAGAAACUGACGAAUUACUGCCUAGUAGACUCCGACAAGCCUGCAGCUAAUGCAGAGAACGAAGUUAAAGGAAGAAAGAAAAAAGGAAAGAAAAGAAAGUCAAGCGAAGAUGAGGUGGUCGAAAAGGGAGACGUGGAUAGAAAACAGUCAGAAAAGAUUUCCGAACCUCCCAAGAAGAAGAAAAAGAAAAAAAGAGACAUUUCAGAUAAUGACUCGGCCCAAGAUGAGACUGCGGAGGUGAUGCAGAACGAUGCAGAUGAGAAAGAGGAAAUGAAAACCGAUCAAGAGGACACAUCCAAAACUGCACCACCCACUGCUAGCUUAGAUCAACCAAAACUUAAGAAAAAGACUAAACUUAAAAAGAAAAAGAAGCAGCAAAAAGAAAAGAACAAAGAGGAUCAAACCAACGCAACUCAAGAUAAAGAGAUAAGGCCAAAAAAACAAUUGAAAAACUGGACUAAUGCUACCCUUUCUGGUUCUGAAGUAAAAAAUGCAGACAUGCGUGCAUGGAAAGACCUGUUUGUCCCACCUGUUGUGCUGAAGGCCCUCAGCAGCCUUGGCUUCACAUCACCAACACCAAUUCAAGCCUUAGUGCUGCCUCCAGCCAUCAGAGAUCGUAUGGAUAUAUUGGGAGCGGCUGAGACGGGAAGUGGUAAAACAUUAGCUUUUGGUAUUCCCAUGAUCCAUAACAUCCUGGAGUGGAAGGAAACUGCUGAAAAGCCCGGGGCUGACAAUGUCGAUCCAGACAUGUUGCAAGGAAGCUUGCCAGAGUCCCUAGAAGCUGAUAUGGGCAGUCCUGAGGAGCAGGACGAGGAAGAAGGAAGUAUCACUGGGCAGGCUGACAAAGGUGAAUCUGGGGAUGAGGAUGACCACGACACUGAACAUCAAGAUCAGGAUGGGAGGCUUGGGUGCGUGCAAGUCAUCGAUGAUGUCAAGUUUGAUGCCGACAUCACUGCGGCAGAGGAGAACCGCGCUGUUGGUGGUGCUCGGCCCCUGCUCGGACUGGUCCUCACCCCCACCAGGGAGUUGGCAGUCCAGGUCAAACACCACAUAGAUGCUGUAGGGAAGUUCACUGACAUCACGACAGCCGUAGUGGUGGGUGGGAUGGCGCAACAGAAGCAGAGAAGGAUAUUGAAUCACAGGCCAGAAAUCCUCAUUGCCACUCCAGGACGUCUGUGGGACUUGAUCAAGGAGAGACAUCCACAUCUUCUCAACCUUAGACAGCUCAAGACCCUGGUGAUCGACGAAGCUGACCGCAUGGUUGAACAAGGCCACUUUGCGGAGCUGGAGUCUGUGCUGGAGAUGCUCAACACCACUCAGUUCAAUCCCAAGAGGCAAAAAUUUGUCUUCUCUGCCACGCUGACCAUGGCUCACAGCUUGCCCAUGCGCUUGCUGCAGAAGAAGAAGAAGGUGCAGCAGACCGACAAGGUGGCGCUCCUCAUGGAGAAAGUGGGGAUCAAGUCCAAGCCCAAAGUGAUCGACCUGACCAGGAAGCAGGCGACGGUGGAGACCUUGACCGAGACGCAGAUUCACUGUCAGAAAGAGGAGAAGGACUUCUUCCUCUACUACUUCCUAUUGCAGUAUCCCGGACGCACCAUGGUGUUCGCCAACAGCAUCGAGUGCAUCAAGCGGCUCAACUUGCUGCUAGUCAUCCUGGACUGUACGCCGCUGCCGCUGCACGCCAACAUGCACCAGAAGCAGCGUCUGAAAAACCUGGAGAGGUUUGCUGAGAGGGAGAGUUGUGUGUUGCUGACAACUGACGUGGCAGCAAGAGGGCUGGAUAUCCCCAAUGUGCAGCAUGUCAUUCACUACCAGGUUCCCCGCACAUCUGAGACAUACAUCCAUCGCAGCGGCAGGACGGCUAGAGCUACAAAUGAGGGUCUCAGUUUGCUGCUCAUCAGCCCUGACGACAUGUUGAACUUCAAAAAGAUUUACAGGAACCUGGGAAAAGAUGAGGAGCUUCCUGUGUUUCCUGUAGAGAACCACUACAUGGAGGCAAUCAAGGAGCGUGUAAACUUGGCCAGGAAGAUUGAAAAGGUUGAGUUCUUCAACAGCAGGCAAAAACAUCACAACUCCUGGUUCAGGCAAGCAGCAGAGGCUAUGGACAUCGAGCUAGACCAAAACCUCUUGAUAGGCAAUGGGAGGGAUGAGGAUGAUGAUCGGGAGCAACAGAAGAUGGUGAAAGGGAUGAAGAAACAAUUGAAGGAUCUCAUCUCCCAGCCCGUGUACAAGAGUAUGACAAAGACCAAGUACCCCACUCAGAUGGGACGUCUGUGCCUGGCUCACCUGCCUGUCGUGGGGAAGCAAAGCGCUGUCAUGAGUGUGUCGGCGCAGCAGAAGAAAAAGAAAACUGGUCCACCACAGCACAAAAAAGGGAAGCAGAAAAAAUACAGGCGGUAAACUAGUUUACAGAAAUUGGAAUUUAAAAUCUGCAAUUUUCAGAUGUCAAAUUUGGACAAGCAGAAAAAACAUUGGCGCUAAAGUCUUUUACAGAAAUUGGAAUUUAAGAUCUGUAAUUUUCUGAUGUCAAAAUUGGACAAUCUUGGAGAGCAAUCACAUACACUGCAGUUUUGUCUCAAUAACAAUUUUAAUGACGCAUUGUAUUCUGUAAUUACAUGAGUUGGAAGGCAGAAGAAAUUAAUUGACAAAUACCAGUAAAACAUCAGGUUUUGUCAUAGAAA